AUGGUCGCAGAGCGUUCCAGAGGAGGACCGCAAUGCGGUCUUCAAUUCGAACCAGGUGUUUCCGCACCUGGCGAAGGUGUUGCACCAAGCCAAGGAGACCAUGUGGCUUCUGCGCAAUCCUGGUGCCGGUUCCCUGCCGAGCAACCUGCCGGAGUAAUGGCCAGGAAUCAAAAACCGACCUCGCCAGAGAAUGCGGCCCUGGAGGACUCCAAGCCCGCCAAUGGUUUUCGGGGCAUCCUCAAACAGGGGAUGAAGCAGGGUUCCAGGACUCUACAAGAAGGUCUGGAGGCCCUCAGCAGCAGGGUGGGGGCCGUGGGCUCCGGCCUGCUACGUCUGCCUGAGGAUGAGCUGAUCAAAGUCAAAGAGGCCAACGAGACCAUCAGCAGGCUGCUGCCAACGCUAACGCUGGCCAUUCAAGCAAACAGCUUGCGAGGUUCCAAGCGAGGGGCUGACACGCCUAUCUCGGAUGAGCCGGCGGCGCAGCGGCCGCGCACGGCCAUCGAAAGUGGGAGCAGCAACGCUGUUUCGAGAAGCGAGUCGAGCUCUACGCAGCAGCCGGGCACCGAGGAGCGGCGGCCGCUGCUUCAUCUGGAUUUGGUCUCGGACGCGCCCUUCGCCGAGAACCGUGACCAGGGCACGCUGACGACUCUGGACCUGAAGCCUGGUGUUGCCCAGAGUACGACCUCGCUGGAGUCGAACGACACCUCUUUAGGUGACGAUUCUGGCAACGUCAGGUUGGUCCUGGGCAGAGCAGACCUCCAGAAGCGAGUGACCCUGCAAUUUCCUGCCGCAGCGAAGAGGAAGCCUACCUCAGUACUUCAGUUCGUCAGUCGGGAGUUCCUCCUCCUGGAGGUGCCGGACACCUCCAACAUUGCGCCAACGCAGGGCAGCAUGGAGAUGGCCACUUUGGUUUGGGGCUGCUGGAACGACAGCCAGCAGGACGCAGACGAGAAACCACCCUUGGCAUACGUCAGCGGCCUGAAAUCCGGCUACCACCUUCGCAAGAUCCGGGAGACCAGGUGGACCUGGAUUGCCAAGGGCGACAAGGCCAGCAUCGAAGAGGGGGAUACCAUCGCCAUCGUGCUGGAGUCGCCUCCGGGUUCUGAGGCCCCGGCACCCUCGAAGGACUUGAAUGCCGAGGAGGCUCGCUGCAUACUGGGUUGUGAACUCCGCCGCCCACUGUCGCGCGGUCAUUUGGCUCCAGCGUUUGAAUCUUACCGCUCCUCGCGUCGUUUGAGUGAGGCCAUGCCCACGCGCAGGGAGCUCUACGGCUUGGGGGCAGCAAGCCUCAUGGCGCUGUCUGCGCCCACCGUGCUGGAGAGGGCGUUUGUAGCACCGGGCACUGCCAGCAGCCGGCAGAGGCCGUCAUUCCGUGCCACCGCUCAAGGACGGGUGGCUUCAGCGGGACAGUCGAGCUCAAGUGCUUCGUCCCAUGCUGCCCUGGCCAUCGGGCUUUCGGCAGCACUUGGCGCUGGCGCAGCGAGGGCGGCACGGCCAGCGAGGUCGCCGAAGGUGCAUCGUGCCCAGGGUGGUGAAUGGCAGCCGCGGCUUUCUGGCUGGACCGCCGCGGAGCUCGCCGGCGAACGCCAGCGUGCACAGGCAAUGCCGGACCCUCCGGGCUACAACGGGCCGCGGUACACUGGCCCAGGCAGCAUCACCGACGGCUUCAUAGAUGCUCUGCUGGCCAUGCAGAAGGACGGCCAGCUCCUGCCGAAGAAGGAUGCGUACUUGAUCCUGUUGGACAUCAUCGACAUCCUCCGAUCGGAAAAGACAUUGGGCCAGGCCUCCAUUCCCGCGGGCGGUCAGUUGACCGUGGUCGGCGACCUGCACGGCCAGUACUGGGACUUCUUGAACCUGCUGAGCAUGACGGGCAAGCCCUCUGCGAAUACUCCCUUCGUCUUCAACGGCGACUUCGUGGAUCGAGGCUCCUGGUCCAUCGAGGUGAUCCUGUCGAUCUUCGCGCUGAAGCUGAAGGAUCCGCAGUCCGUCUUCCUGAACCGGGGAAACCAUGAGAUGCUGGAGACGAACAUCCUGUACGGCUUCUGCGGCGAAUGCGGCUCCAAGUAUGACAUGGAUCUCUUCAACCUCUUCUCUGAGGCCUUCCGGAAUCUUCCUCUCGCCCACUUAGUGGACGGCAAGGUGUUGAUUCUCCAUGGCGGUCUCCCCGGUCCGGACCCCCGAAUUUGGAUGCCCGGACAGACGCACGACCCCACCGAUGCGAUCCCGAUGACCGUCCUUCCCACGCUGCAGGAUAUCGGCUCAGUGGACCGCUACCUGGAGAUCACUCCCGAAUCGUAUGGGCAGUCAAUCGGCCCGACAACGACGGACAAGGAGGUGAACGACAUGAGGAAGCUGAUCGACAUCCUUUGGGGAGAUCCCCGUGGUGGGGACGGGUAUGGCCCUUCCUACAGAAAAGGCAAGGGUGUCUACAUGUUUGGUCCAAGCCUUACUGCUGGCUCCAGACGACGGGGGAAGCCGCAUAAAUCCAUCUAUAUACCUUCGCAUUCCUACGCAUGUACAUGCAUGCAUGCACACAUGCACGCAGGGCUUGUAUUAUGUGUAUACACAUGUACACACUGUAUGUACAUGUGUAUACAUAUAAUACAAGCCCGGCGUGCAUGUGUACAUACAAUUACAUACAGGUGUACACGCGUACAUCCAGUCCACGACGUAUGUAUGUGCAUGCCUAUGUACGUACAUGCACUAGAUACAUGCAUACAAACAUAG